AUGGCAGAAGUCUUAGCUGUGGAGAUUGGAAUUGCUUGGUGCAAGGACAAUGGAUACAAGAAAUUAGAGAUUGAAGUGGACUCACAACAGCUUGUGGAAUGGCUACAAGAUACUGCAAAAGAACCUUGGAGAGUUUGGAAUUUCAUUAAACACUCUAAGGAAAUUCUGGAACAAAUGGAGGAAUGGAGUAUUAAGCACUGCUUCAGAGAAGGGAAUAAAGUUGCCGAUGGAUUAGCUAAUUGGGCCUUGAGAUGCAAUGACACCACUUGGAUUUCUCAGUUUCACCUACUUCCUAAGGAGAUAAGGGGUGCACCCAACAUGGAUAAAUUGAACUUCCCUUCCUUUAGGACUAAAAAUGUUAGAAAUGCAUUUGAAUUGAAACAUUAUAAUAACUUCACCCCACCUCCAAAAGUUGAUCUUCCACCUGCCUCACCUCCCCCAAAACCAACAAGUUCAUCGCCAUCGCCUCCAAAAGUUGAUCCUCUACCUGACGCACCUCCACCACAACAAAACAAUCCACCAAGUUCACCUUCACCACCUCCAAUAGUUCAUCCUCCACCUGUAUCACCUUCGCCACCAGCACAGAAUCCGGAUCCUUCUCCACCACCACAAUCAGGUUCAUCCCCUCCACCACCUUCUCCUGUGAAUUCACCUCCACAGUCGGCGUCUGUACCACCACAAGGUUCACCUCCUACCCCACCCUCUGACCCUCCUAAUAAUUCAGCCCGUUUACUACUUCCACCUACGAAUUCACCUCCAUUGCCGUCAUUUCCGCCACUACGAGAUUCACCUCCUACCCCAUCAUUGGGACCUCCUAAUAAUUCACCUCCUUCACCACCAGUUCCUUCAGGUGGCACCACUACCAAUAGUUCCAGCAAUUCAGCAGAUAGCACAAACCGUCUCUAA